AUUGUUGAUGUUUCAGAGAUUAUAAAUUCUCAAAGUCUGGAUUCGCCUCAAAAAGUCUUUUUAAAAAGAUUUUAUUCACAAGAUUUAUCUGAAGAGUUUAACCUUAUCACAUUUGAAAAAAGAGAUAUAAUUCUUGUGACUAGUAAAUUCCAAAUUGUUGA